AUGUUGCUCGCGGCCGGAGACGUCUUGCAGAAGGAGGGGCGCGGUCUGGGCGCGUCCAGUCGGGUCCCGGCGGGGAAGCUCGCGGACGACGACGAGCGAAGGCGCGCGGCGCUGGUGACUGUCGCGGCGGCGCUCGUCUCUGCGGUCUCCUGCCUCGCAAGACAGGAGGGGUUCGAGGACAGCGCCUCUGCCGGCGCAGGCCGCGCGUGCGCCGCGGAAGACGCGACGGAGGCAGCGGCACGGUUGGAGCGCGACGCAGACACAGGCGAGGCGUCCGCUGCGGAGAAGCGUCGUCACGCAGCGCCAGCAGCGGAGGCGGAGAAGAGGGAUGCAGUUGGGAUUGAAAAGGAUGCAGCAGCGAGCGCUGAAGAAGCAGGACGGCGGGGCGAAGCGCAGAGCGAAAAGGAGGAGGGUGAGGAGGACGCGGGCAGGCAGAAGCUUGGAGCCCCGCGCGCGCCGCGUUCUCGCUCUCCUUCUUUCUUCCCCGGGUGCGCAGAGACGGUCUACGUGGAUAACGUGCUGGCGCGGCUGCAGGAUCCUGCGAUGAAGCAGCUGAUGGAGGAGAGCGACAGUCUCGCGCUCCGCGUGUUUGACCAAAAGUGCCUCGAGGUUACCUCGAAGAAGAAAAAAUGGCUGCUGCGGGUCCUCACGGAGGCCCCCGGGGCCUCGCCGGCGCGGCCCAGGCGCUGUCUGGGCUUCAUCGUGUACCGCGUCGACCUGGAGCUGCAGGCGCUUCAAGUGGGGAAGGUCGCUGUGCUGGAAGAGUGCAGAGGCCGGGGCUUCGGCAAGAAACUCGUGAAGGGAAUCAUUCAGCUGGCUAAAAGCAAUCGCGCGUUGGUCUACGUUAGCUUGUCUGCCUUGGCAUCGGCCGUCGGCUUUUAUACGCGUCUGGGGUUCAAACGGCACGACGAGAUCAACGUGGCUCAAGACGACGAGGAACUCUGCGCGUCGCAGGUGUACAUGGAGAUGCAGCUGAGGCGUCGGGUGUGCGCAGGCGCUCAACAGGUCAAAAACCAGAAGAAAAACAAAAAGCGCUAG